UCUGACCCACCUGUCACGAGCUCGGCCCUUUCUCAUCCCACUCUCACCAAUUGAUUCCUUGGAAUCGCCGGCGGCGAGAGCGACGGGGCCGCCCGCCGCCGUGACCAUUGGGAGGCGAUCCGAGGGCAGAAAGCUAACCUUCUUCAAGCGCCGGAUUCUUUAAGCGCCGCCGCAACGAGCCUACCCUUGCGGCAGCCCCUAUCGGAGCCCCCUCCGAAGCUGCCGCGCCCGCCACAGAUGGCUCUGCACAUCUCCUCCUCCUUCCGGGCCCUCGCCGCCCCCGCCCGCUCUGCCUGCCUUUGGAAUUCCAUGGAAUGCCGCAGACUCUGAGGUGCGGUUGGCAGAGGAGGAGGCGGCGCUGCCUGCGCCGGCUGGUGGCGGCCGUCACGUCUGGAGGCGCGGACGGGGAUGCUUUCCACGAGUCCCAGUCGGCUCUUGCCGCACUCAGGGAUGCCGAGCUGGGCCGCCGUAAGGAUACAGUCCCAGUUGGUGCCGGAGCAGUCCCUCUGCCCAUCUCGUCGGAGAUCCUACUGAUGUUCCAGCCGAAAUCAAGAUGAGUACCUCCAGCGAUUUUUGUCUCUGACUGCUGCUACUGAGGGUUGAUUACUCAACAUUUCGUUCAGAUUGUGCAUGGCCAUACAUGGCCUCAAUGGAUAGUGGUACUAGUUAUUAUGUUAGUAGAAUUUUUACUUAUGGCGGUCGACCUAAUCAACCCAAAUACUCCGUUGAGUACAAAACAUAUUUUUUUGUGUUUACUAUGGAAUGAAGGUUACAGAUUGGAGUAAUAAUUUGCCGGAGGACCAAUGCAGUAGUAGCAGGCUAUAAGCUGUAGAAACAAAGUAGAGUUGAAUGUAUCUUGUUUGCAUACCACACAAUGAAUCUAAGAGGAUUGGAAGUGGGGCCAUGGUUUCACAGACUCAAAAGUUUUGCCGUCUAAUUUAAGAGCAGUAAAUAUAACUGGUUAUGCUACUUUUAGCUGUGGAUCUGACGAUGGUAGUAGUCUUUCCAUUUCUUUGUUUACAUGAUUUAGAUUAUGCAUAUCUUGGUGGCUGUUUUUAGUAACAGAUUUAAAUUACUCUGGAUAUGAUGUUUCAGAUAUGCACAUAUCCUAUACCUUGCGAGAUACCAUACAACAUGUUUCGGACGGUUAGUGUAUAAUAUUACUUACUCUGAGAUUGAAUUUUAUGUUCAGUGUAUCGAAAGAAGAAUACUGGCAUGAUUAGAGAUGAAAAGAUUACAAAAUAGAAACCUAAGGGAUAAAUAGCACAUGCUUAUUCUUCAAUCAGGAGCUAGAAAUCAAUUGGGAGUCGGAUGAUUCUGUAGGGCGGCUCGUUUAGCUGGUGUGGUUUUUUUUUGUAGAACUGGUAUCUGUUCUGUUGAGGCAGGCACUGCGUAAUUCCUUCCCAAUUUUUCUCUUUUGUUUUUAGCUGCUUUUCCCGGUACUUCCAGUGAUGAGAACUGUAAUAAACUAUGUUUGAACUUGUGUGCUUUCUAUAAAGCCGGGCCAAAAUGCCUUUUCUCUAAAAAAAAUCAGGAGCUAGAAACUACCAUCAUACCUUGCUGAGCUGAAACUGCGGCGAAUUGGAGAAUCGAAUACACUAGCAGUAUCAGGCUUGUUGCCGCUUGCUUCUUCAGGGCGCAGUUCUUCAGGCUGCCUGCACUUGGUGGUUAGGAAGCACACAUUCUGCUUCUUUCUACUCCUAGUACCUUAACAAUAAGUAACUCUACAAUAUGUUUGGCUUAAGGAAAUUUACAUGUAUGCAGCCCAAGAAGCUGUGUGAAGCUCACAUAAUGCUCAGUCUCUAGAGACAAUGGGAGGGGGAAAAGAUGUGUUACCUUCUAUUGUCUGAAUAUUCUUUUUACGAUGCUUGUUUUUUCUGAAUUUCAGUACUAUCCUAGACUCUGGACGGAACCUUGCGUCAUCUAGACAAGCUAUGAGUACCCGUUCGUUUUGUGCUACUCUGCUCUUUGCGACAACACUACAGUUCAUAUAUGAAGGCAGGGAGCCUUUGCGUAAUCUCGUUGAAUGUUUGAUGACCGGUUACUCAAGCUUCAGAUAAAAGAGAGAGAAUACCCGAAAUACCACACCUGAAAACCGAAAGUGCCAGAAUACCACAUUUGAAAAUCAAAAGUGCUAAAAUACCACUCAUUUUCGGUUUUUCGUCAGUGGCAAAAUAGCAUCGAAUAGGAGGGCCGAAGGGAUCGGGCCAGGUUUGGACCUAUUUUUUUGUGUCUCGGCCCGUUACCCCCUGCAUCUUGAGGUCUUCCUCGGACGCACAGAGGCGCCCAGUCACACUCCACAGUCCUCACCAGACCCCUCCACUCCCAAAAACCCUCCUCAGACCAAGACGGCAAAAUCCGUCCCCCGAGCUCGUCCGGGAAGGAUCCGGCCGCCGCUGCCACCACAAACCCUCCCUUGCUAACCAUACCACCGCCCGCGCGCCGCCGUCAAAUCGACUUGAAGAGAGAGAGGCCCAAGCAGCAGGAUGCCGCGCGCGCUGAGGGGGAGGAAUGCGGGCCGGCGUGAUUAGGCGAGGCGGUGGCGGCGCGUUCGGUCGGAUCUGCGCCGAGGCCGAGUCGGCGCUCCACUCCCGCUGAGUCGGUGCCGCUGGACGCCGUUCCUCAGUGCCCCAAGGAGAGGAGAUGGGGCCCCUGCUCCGGUGGCUCGGCCUCUUCGCGCCAAGCGUGAAGGCAGCGACGGCGACACUGCAGCUGCUCGCGCGCCGGAUGCCUCGGCACGCCUCACGCUCACAGGGCGAGAGGGCCGCACCAUGGACGGAGCUCCCGCCGGAGCUGCUGGGCCUCGUCUUCUCACGCCUGCCCUCCCAGGCCGACCGCGUCCGCGUCCGCGCCGUCUGCCGCCCGUGGCGCUCCGCCGCGCGCCUGCAGCCGCUGGCCCCGCCGCUACCCUACCUCCUCCGCCGCGACAACACCCUGCUCGCCCUCCCCGACGGCGCCCUCCACCGCCCGCCCGUCGACUGGCGCGGCAUCGACCUCCGCGUCUCCGCCGGCGGCGUGCUCUUCCUCAAGGACCGUUUCUGCCGCUGCUACCUCAUGGAUCCUUUCUCUAGGUCCAGGGAGACCACCCCUCAAAGGAUCAACCUCUCCGACCGCCUCCACGACCCGCCUCACCGUGGCCACCGCGGGAUCCGCAAGGUGGUGGUGUCUCACCACAUUGUCGCUGUUCUGCACAAGGGCAAGGUACAUUUCUUUCCACGACGUGAAGGGCCCUACCCAACCAUGGUAUGGACAACCCCUGGGAACACCCAUUUCGCCGUCGACAUUGCGCUCUUCCAAGGGAAGCUCUGCGUCCUCACGGAUAAGUACCCUUACGACGGUUCCGAGCUGCCGGAGCUCCAUCUGUUGGACAUCCGGUUCUUGGACAUCAGCCAUAGGCAGACCCACAUCCGGUCAGUCAAGUGCAUACAGGGCGUGCCAAGAAACCCCAUGGACCCUGCCCUGCCCCUGCCUGCCAACCAAAGGCGCUGCUUCUUCUUCUACCUCGUCGUGUCCGGCGACCGGCUGCUGAUGGUGGAACUCCCCUCCGUUCAAGGAUCAACGCAGUUCGAGGUUUGGGAGUGGGUGGAUCAGAUUGACUCUCGUGGGAGCUGGAGCAAGGUGCAUACACUGAUGGGGCGAACCCUCUUCGUCAGCGCACACUGCUCUCGCUCGCUUCCUGCAAAUUCUGCGGCUCCGCAAGAUUGCAUCUACUAUGUGCCUGAGCGGAUGGCGAAUCCUCCUCAGGAUGACUGUAUUGUGUACAACGUCAAAGAUAGGAAAAUGGAGCAACUGCCAUCCAAGGUGACGGCGGCCAUGAAGGUGAUGAAUCCCGACCCACGAUGGCACCCGACUUGGCUUUUCCCAGCCGAUGAUUGAGUGAUGUACAAUUUCAAGGUGGGAUCGAUGAUGCUAGUGUACAUCCCGUAGUAUAUGUCCUCCCUCGUUUAACUAAUUAACUUGUCUUGACAAUGUGUGUCAGUUGGGCAUUGCCCUUGUAAAAAGUGGUAAGGUGCAGAAAAAAAAAACUUCUAUUUGGACAAGAGGAAAUUUGGAUUGUAUGCCAACCCGGUUAUGUUACUUAGUUAACAUGUUCGCAGUGUAGGCUCAGCUGCAAGCAUGUAUUGGCAAUACUCUAGUGAACCUGUAGGGAUCCAUAAGCUAAUCUUGUAUUCAGUUUGUUGGCUAUGCAGUCAGCUUAUCGAAUGA